AUGGCGCAGGAUCCACACCAGGUGGCUGAGCUUUGCAAAGCGCUGGAAGCUGCAAAGGGAAAAGGCAAAGGCGGCAAGAAGGGUGGCUUCUCUUGUAAGAAGACAACCUUUGCAGUUGAGGGGUCUUUAGGCAUCACUGUUGAUUCAUGGCGUUUCAACGACUGGGACUACAAAAGGGACGACCUUCCCACCUACGCUCGCGGCCUCUUCACGACGACGAGGUCUGAUGGAACCCCCGAAAUUGCCGUUCGAGGCUACGACAAGUUCUUCAAUGUCGAAGAAGUCCCCAGCACAAAAUGGGAAAACAUCGAGCGGGACACGAUGGGGCCUUAUGAGCUCAGUGUCAAAGAAAACGGAUGCAUCAUCUUCAUGUCUGGACUGGAAGAUGGAACGCUACUGGUGUGCAGCAAGCAUUCCACUGGUGCUCGUUCAGACGUUGCUCAGAGUCAUGCCCUAGUGGGCGAGAAAUGGAUCAAGAGACACGUGGAGAGCGUGGGAAAGACCACUAGGGAUCUGGCAAAGGCCUUAAGAGCGAUGAACGUCACCGCCGUUGGCGAACUGUGCGAUGAUGAGUUUGAAGAACAUGUGCUCGAGUACCCACCGGAACGGGCAGGUCUAUAUCUCCACGGCAUGAACUUCAACCUUCCGGAAUUCGUCACCCUGUCUGGGCCAGAAGUACAUGAAUUUGCUGACAAUUGGGGCUUCAAGAAGGCCCAAUAUGUCAUCAUCCAGACUAUUGAAGAGGUCAAAAGCUUUUUGGAGAGAUGUGCCGAGACAGGUUCUUGGGAAGGUCGAGACACAGAAGGAUUCGUCGUCCGAUGCAAGAAGCGAGGUAGGGAUCCAGCACACGCGGCUGACUGGUUCUUCAAGUACAAGUUUGAAGAGCCAUAUCUCAUGUACCGACAAUGGCGUGAGGCCACCAAAGCCAUCAUCGCCGGUAAGACACCGAAGAUUAAAAAGCACAAGAACAUCACGGAAGAGUACCUUCUCUACGCCCGCCGCCAAUUGGCCAAGGACCCCAACUUGGGCAAAGCCUACAAUCAAAACCACGGAAUUAUCAAGAUGCGAGACGGCUUUCUUGCGGAGAAGGGCCAGAAAGGCUCGGACCUCAUUGCGCAAGAGCGAGCUCAAGGGCAUGGAAUGGCAGAGGAUGGUCCGGUUUCCAAUGUGGUUCUCGUGCCUAUUGCGACGAUUGGCUGUGGCAAAACUACUGUUGCUACUGCCUUGGUAAAGCUCUUUGGCUUUGGACAUGUUCAGAACGACAACAUUGAGGGACAAAAGGGUCGGCCUCAGCGUUUCGUCGAUGCCAUCACUAAGGCUAUGGCAUCACACAAGGUGGUGAUUGCUGACCGGAACAAUCAUCAAAAACGAGAACGCCAACAGCUCAUUGACGACGUGAGUCAGGUGGUUCCAGAGGCUCGGUUUGUGGCCUUACAUUAUGUGCACGAACCCAAAGGUCAGCUGUUGAACGAGAUCCGUCGAGUCACCCGUCAACGAGUGCUUGAACGCGGAGACAACCACCAAACUAUUCGGGCGGGGAGCAAGAGCUCAAGCGAAAUCAUUGAUAUCAUGGAAGGAUUCCUGCAUCGAUUCCAGGGUUGUGAUCCUAAUGGUCCACCGGACUCUGACUUCGAAGAGGUGAUCAACCUUGAUGUUUGUGCUUCUUCGUUGGAGAACCUAGAGACAGUCGUUACGCAUUUGUACAAUGCAUACCCUGGAUUGCUGCCGGAGGAGAUGCCAGGUGAACAGGACAUGCAAUCGGCGAUCGACUAUGCGCUAGGACGUGAAGUGCAAACCAAACACGACUUGUCUUUUGGAAAACCCUCACGGACAGAGAAGAAACAGACGAACAACACACCAAACAAGGCUGCAGAGAAGCCAUUGACAUUGGAACAGCUGAUCGCCAAACUGGAAUACUUCAGCCUACCCGUCUCUCCGACCACCAUCAAUUCCAUCCUCUCUUCGAUGUUCGACCAAGCCGAUGCAGAUGAAGCUCGUAUGUAUCGGAUGCUGAAGCAGUCGCGGCGCAUCCAGAGCGAAUUCCAUGUGACCUUGAUUCAUCGAGCGUCGACGCAACAACAUCCUGACCUAUGGCAGCUGUAUACAGAGGAGUAUCGAAAGUCCAUUGCCACAGCUGACCUUCAGGACCGGAGCAAGCUGGCACCUAGCCUGGGGCCAGCACGCGUCAAGCUGGAGAGGCUGGUCUGGGAUGACCGCAUUAUGGCGUUUGUGGUACGCAUCUACCCUGCCGCGGGCGGACCUUUGUGGCCCAGUGCCAACCCGAUUCCACAUAUCACGGUCGGCACAGCACGGCAAGACAUCAAGCCAGUAGAAAGCAACAAUCUUCUGGCUCGAUGGGAAGCUGGAGACCGGAGUGCAGGUGUGAUCCAAGACAAAGAAGUGCCAGGGGGAGUGAUUCUUGAUGGCAAUGUCCAGCCGGUGUUUCAACGCAACUUUGCAGGAGGGAAGUAG